AUGGCAAAUUCUGUUUUAGCGUUUUGUGUGUUGGUGGCGGUUAUCGGAACUACAUACGGGUUCCCGCUAGGUGGAGAUUUCGGUGAUUAUGCAAUGAUGGGGAUGAUGGGUGGUUUCGGGAUGCCGUUCGGGGGCGGCGGGAUGUUCGGCGGACAGAUGGGUGGAUGGGGUGGCGGAUGGGGCGGCGGAUUGGGCGGCGGUUGGGGCGGCGAUAUGGGCUACAACGACAACAUGGGUAGCAGAUUCGGUGGGGAUAAUAUGGGCGGUGGCUGGGGCGGUGACAUGGGUGGUCGAAUGGGCGGUGACAAUAUGGGUGGUCGAAUGGGCGGUGACAAUAUGGGUGGUGGAUGGGGUGGGGAUAACAUGGGUGGAAAUGCUUGGAUGAACUGA